ACCAAUAUGCUAUGCGUCUACAUGAAUUAUAUCGUCGAUUAGAAAUGAAUGCCAAUGUUUAUCCAGAAAUAGAAAAAGUUCAUAAAUUUACUACUGGUUUAAGAACAGAAUUACAAAUGGCAGUAUGUCUAUUUGGUGAAAAUACUUGGGAUGGAGUAGUUAACAGAGCAAAAACUUGUGAACUUACUCGUUAUGGUGCUGCAAUGUAUAUUACUCCUAAUCUUAACAACAAUAUUGUUACUCCAACUCCUACAUCUUCUAAUUCUAUUGAAAUUAUAAUGGAAGCUCUCAAUAAAUGUAUGGAAAACCUUAAAAAGAAAAUUGAAAAGAAAUUAGAAAACAGCAACCAAGUUCAAAAUAUUGUAGUAAAUGAUCCUCAAGUAGAAAGUUCUAAAACUCCUAAAACCAAAAAGAAAAGAAAUCCUCUACAAGGUCCAAGAUUUCAUAAACCAACGAUUGGUAAAGAUGUAUCAAAAUAUUCGAUUGUUGAAGACUUACAACAAAUCAAAGCAAAUAUCUCUAUUGCUCAACUCGCUGCUAAAAACCUCAAAUAUUUAAGAGAAUUAAAAAUCUUACCAACAUUCUAUGAAGAUAAAAUAGAAGAUUCUUUUGAUCCUCCUCCUAAACUUAAUGUUGGAGAAUUAGAUGAAAAACAACAAGAAGAAUUUUAUGAUCUU